UCAUUACAUAAAUUAGGUUCCAACAUGAAAGAAAUUUUAUAUUUAGUGUUGAUUUCCAUAAUAUUUCACAGUUCCAAUGAAGUGGUAUUAUCAAGAGUGCCAACACACUUGUUGGACUGCUACCAGGGCGGAGGCCCAAUUUUAGGUGCACCAAGACGACUUGACGUUUUCUUAUCACUUCUAAGAAAGUUGGAGCUGAACUCUCGUCUCGAUAUGAGAUUGUUAAGUUCGGCUUUACUAAGAAGUCUUCGCCUUGACGGUAUAGAGCAAUCAGCCAAUUCUGUAGAAACUGAUCUCUAUUUGCCAUACGGAGCGUCAGCAUUCCAAUUUCAUAGAUAUAAGCUGCUCAUGGAGAUAUUUCUACCAAGUCAAGACUUAUUGAAUGUUAAUGAGACUUUGAGCACUGUAGAAAAAUGCACUCUUCACAAAAUGCUUAGUUCCACAGUGCAACGUUGGGAAAGGGGCGAUGAGAAUGUUGUAUGUCCCUUGUCAGCUGAACGUAAACAUAUGGAACAGAGUGCCAAUAGAAUAAACAGCCGAUGUCCUAUAGAAGACGGUGUAAUCAAAACAGACUGGGGAACGAUUUCACCUGGCAUUCUAGUCGCUGCUCUUGCAUCGUCCCUAGAGGCACAGAGAGUUGAUAUAACAGAUAUAUUAGGAGCAGAUAUAUUUAAGGAUGAAGUAUCUCAAUCCUUAGUAGAAUCUGCUAAAGAAGAUUGGUACGACGAACUAGAACAAUUCGAUGUUAAAUCUAAAAGUCUUAACACAAACACGGACAUAAGCAAUGUGUGGGUAGCAACUCUCGCAGGUGACUUAGCAGAGGUUGUUAUUAACCAAGGCGCUAGAGUGGGAGCGUCGGCACAGAAGUUGAUGGUAGGCAGCAGCAAUCGUUGGAACGAUACAUUUAUUCCUAGAAUUUAUUACUUAUUUCCUCAAAACGCUACUCUUCCUGAUUGGCAUUUUACUGAUGCGGAAAUUUUAGCUGGCAUAGACGGACUUAUCAUAGCUAAUUACUUACCAAAGUGGGUGGAACAACGACGUUCUUUACGACUAUCUCAGAUAAUAGAGAUGUAUUACUCAAAUGAAGGAGUAUCUUUCGAUACAUCUGUACGAGCUUGUAACAGACAAGCCUUGUUUGCGAAUAUCGUCAACGGCUCCCAGUUGUUCACAGAAACAUCUAGAUUUGCUCACAUGUUAUCACUCCAACAAAUAACUGUUUAUAUUCCCAAGGAGGAAAUGGAGAGAAUAACAACAACCGCGGUGGGAGUGUUCAUGAAUUAUGUCCCAAAUCUUUUAAGGCGGUCUCACCAAGAAUGUAAAUGGAGGCCAGUUGUUGCGAACGUUGACUUAAUAGUAGCAACUGAUGGCAGUUGGAAGGGAUAUGAAGUAGAACAGUUUAUGUCGUGGAUUAGUGAAGCUAUAGAAGUAGGAGCUCAGGGUAGCUCUAUAUCCCUCGUAAAUGGAAAUACUGGUGAAUGGAUAGUUCGUGCUACUAAUUUAACAGAUUUCUUUGUAAUGCUUACCAACGAGUCAAUACAAUGGCCAAAUCGUCUCAACCUCCCAAAUGUUAUAUCUACAAUAAUCGAGUACAGUCGUGAUCAAACUCUUCAAGAGAUAUCUGAUAUGGUGAGUGCUGGUCGUAGCACAGUUGUCCUCGUCGUUACUUCAGAGCGACCCUCAAAUGACGAGUUGGAGCGCUCCAGGUCCUUAAUGCAAUCCUUGAGGCAAAGCUUUUAUGACGUUUACUUUGCAUACGCAGCCACAGACAUGACAGAGUAUCAGAAUAUAAACAACCAGUUCAUGGAUUAUUCAGAGCUAUUUUUAAAGAUAGAAUCAAAUUCAGUCAUUGACGUAAUAAGGACAGUGGAUAUUCAUCUAGUAAAGAAUAUUAUCCCAUUUAGAAUAAUCGGUCCUCAGUGUCCAGUCAAUGGCACUAAUUAUUUUCAAACACCAUAUGAGAAUUAUGUUCUACCAUACCGUGAACAGUUCUACCGCAUUCAUCCGUUUUACUUAAGGCAACAGUCGCUUAUUAAUAUACAGUUUCGGAACGAUGGGCAGGGGCAGAUACUGGUGUGCUUGUGGCGCGGAGCUGAAGUUUCCCGCAGCUGCCAAAUGAUAAAAGAGAGGGAUGUUUAUACAUUUAAUCUAACGGAUCCUUGUCCUUCUCGCGAAUUUUGUCCUCCAGCUCAUCUUUCAGUAAAAGCUGUAACAACAUUAAACUCAUGUGCAAAUAGCGAUUGUCGCCUGCCGCACCAAGUUGGUUAUUACUUCCAACAUUCUGGCUUUAGAUGUUUGCCUCUUUUGGGAGCCGCGGCCUAUGUCAAGCCGUUUUUGAAAGUUCAAAUUAUACUUUCACUCAUGAUCUCAUUCCUAUACUAUCGCUAUUAAUAAUAAAAUUUGUAUCUAUGCUUGAUUCUUUACUUCGAAAAAAAAAUAAGUAUAUAAUAGAAAAUUGAGAAUAUUUUGAUGUUUUUACAAUAUUAUUGUCCAUAAAUAAAAUAACAAAAUAGUGGGGAUAACAAAAAAUAUUGGUUACCCCUGGUGGGACUCGAACCCACAAUCCCCGGCUUAGGAGGCCGAUGCCUUAUCCAUUAGGCCACAGGGGCUUAUACCUCUUCUCGUAAAUUACACUAUCGAAUAGUUAAAUUUAAAGUCCAAUUUAAAUUUUUAAAUAUAUAUUAUAUACUAUUUAUUCUAAACUUAUUAGACAUUUGAUAAUUAUGACAAAAAAAUAAAAAAUCUUAUUUAAUCUUCCACAUUUGGGAUAUCCGACUCGUUUAACAAAAAAAAGAAUUUCUUUCUGAAGAAUGUCUUAACAUAAGCAUAACAAUGAUUCAAUAAAAUAUUUCAAAAUACGGUCAGACUUAAAUAUUAAGUGUUUUAAAUGUUUUUAGAAAACAUAAUACGAUUAAUUAUCAAUAUUACAUAAAGGUAGAUUUUUUAACAAAACUGGUUGUGAGAUAUUAAUUUUAUAAUUUACUGAUUUAUUAUAUAAACUAAAGUUUAUUGUUUUCACUGAAUUGUUUUAUGUUUUAAGCAAAAUUAAUAAACUCAUAAAAGUGUUAAAGUCACGAAGAUCUCACACUGCAUACGGUGUAAUAAUUUAAAAUGUACUGUAACGAAUUACCGUAUCAUAAUAUCAAUACUGUUUUUGUUGUAGGAUUAAUAGUUAUUA